GGAGAAGUGUGUCAGAUGUGCACGCACUUCUCUUAACUGCUUGUCCAAGUGAGGGUUGAGGGCCAUGGCAGCAUGGGGCUUAUCUGGUGGUGGAAGGGUAAUUAAAGUCUGCCCCGGACGGGGAAGCAGUUUACUGCAGGGGAGCCACAUAUUCACACACUGCCGGCAAUGUAGGGUCAACGUUUAACCUGAAACACAUGUCUCUGUACCGUGGGAGGAAACUCGUGCAGAUGUGGGGAGAACAUGCUCGCUCCACUCGGACUCAAACAGCGCAGGUGCUGUGAGGCAGCUGCGCUACCUGCUGCACCGCUGUGCUGUCUCGCACGUACGUCGUCGUGUGAAAUUCACAUUUUAAAACGCGGGAUAAAAUUCGACGCCUUUCUAACCCGAUAAGCGAUGCCGGAACGUCGCGGAAUGAUUUCCUUGUCCCGUGAUUGAAAUAAUAUUUCAGCACGGACGGAGGUGCAUUCUUAGAAGACAACUGGCAGGGGAAAAAAAAAAAGGGGGAAAAGAUGGAAUUUCAAGAAAAAAACGGUUCUAAUUUUUAACGCGUCCAGUGAUUCACUUGGAACGGAGGUCCAGUUAUUCGUAAUUUAGUACGGAAGUGGAGGGUAAAUAACAUUCACAGUGUCAAUUUUCCUCUAUUAGUUAAUCAUAAAUGAAUAAAUAUGGUUUGUUCUUUUCUUAUUGCCCCUUUGCUCAUCUGUUAGCUGUCCUUGCGCAAUAAAUACAUCUCGGCGGCCUGUAAACAGUGUUACGUGCGCGUGUGGUUAGCCUUAAAAAGGAACUUAUCUCUUAAGCUAAUUAACAACUCUGGGGCUUCCAGCAAACACUCCAACACCCAGGCUGUUCUCAAACUCGCACCCGUCUGCAGGAAAAACGGCGGAAAAAGUUCCUUCUCUUCUACCUGCUGUUCGUUCACAUGAUUCUCUCCUUUAACUUUCCCUCAUUGAUAAAAAAAAAAAAAGUUUUGAUUUGUUUUAUUUCCCAACAGACUUCAAGGAACUGUUGUUGAUCUAGAUAAAACAGUUUGGGAAUGGGAUGAGGAGCGUUUGGGCGACACGGAUAAAACAUCGUAGAGUUUCGACAAUUUCCAACAGACUUGAGAGCGGAAUAGGGGAAGUUUGCUCGGGACAGGAGACGAGCGAAGAGUUAAAACGGCCGCACGCGUGCACCUCCCUCUCUUUGUCGCUCUCCAGCCCAUGCCAUAAUCUGUUCCUCUCCUCCUCUAAGGCAUUUGUAUGAGCGCUAAGGAGGUUAGAGGGAAAGAAACCUCGUCGGCUAGCUGGAUGUGCACAGGUCGAGUGCGCUGGGUGGUGGCGGAUAUAACCGGGAAGGAUCGACCCCUCGAAAAGGAAGGCAGAAAGCCAGAAAAAAGGCACAGCUCUGUUCAGGAAGGGCCAACCAUUCUUGAAAACAUCCAAUCACCCUUCAAGACUGAUUUACUUGAACUAAGAAGUUAUUCCAGAAUAUUCAUUCCCCCCCGGUUUCAAACAUGGAAAUGGAAAAGCUUCCAAAUGGUAACCAUUACAACUCAGAGGACCUCAGCCCAGAGAAGAUCAAUCUGGAAGAUGAACGUGAAGGCGCUGAGGAAGAACGCGAGGAGUUCCUGCCUCACAAGAGCGAAGGGCAGAAGCAGAAUGCCUUCACAGAUCAGGCUGAGGGAAAAACGUCCUUCGGUAUGUCUGUGUUCAACCUCAGCAAUGCCAUCAUGGGAAGCGGAAUUCUAGGGCUGGCGUACGCCAUGUCAAACACCGGCAUCAUCCUUUUCACAGUCCUGCUGACGUGUAUUGCUGUUCUGUCCAGCUACUCCAUUCACCUUCUGCUGAAAAGCGCCGGAGUCGUGGGAAUACGUGCGUACGAGCAGCUGGGCUACCGGGCAUUUGGCCACCCAGGAAAAGUGGCGGCGGCUUGCAUCAUCACCAUACACAACAUCGGAACCAUGUCCAGCUACCUCUUCAUCGUAAAGUCUGAACUGCCCCUGGUCAUUCAGGCCUUUCUGGGCCUGUCGUCCAAAUCUGGGCAAUGGUAUUUACAAGGGGAUUACCUAAUCAUCAUCGUCAGCAUAGUUUUCAUCUUGCCUCUUGCAGUGAUGCGUCACCUGGGGUACCUGGGGUACACCAGUGGUUUCUCCCUGUCCUGCAUGAUGUUCUUUCUCAUCUCGGUGAUCUAUAAAAAGUUCAACAUCCCAUGUCCUUUGGAGACGGAGAUCUUCACGAAUCACUCCGAUAACAGCACAACGGAGGACAUCUGCGAGGCCAAAUUAUUCACCAUUAACCAAGAGGCGGCCUAUACUAUUCCCAUCCUGGCGUUUGCCUUCGUGUGCCACCCUGAGGUGCUGCCCAUCUACACGGAACUUCGAGAACCCACCAGAAGGCGCAUGCAGAACGUGGCCAACAUCUCCAUAGUCGCCAUGUUUGUCAUGUACUUCCUCACGGCUGUGUUCGGCUACCUCACCUUCUACGCCACCGUGGAGGCGGAGCUCCUGCACACCUACAUCCAAGUGGAUCCGCUGGACACGGUGAUUCUCUGCGUGCGUCUGGCUGUCCUCAUGGCCGUCACUCUUACCGUCCCAGUGGUCCUCUUCCCGAUCCGAAGAGCCGUGCAGCAGCUGCUGUGCCCCGAGAAGCCGUUCCACUGGGCGCGACACAUCGGAAUCGCGGUCUGCUUCCUGUUCCUCGUCAACCUGCUGGUCAUUUACGUGCCCAACAUCAGAGACAUCUUUGGCCUCAUAGGGGCCACGUCUGCACCCAGUCUGAUCUUCAUCCUGCCAGGAAUAUUCUACCUCCGUAUCGUCCCCAAUGACAAGGAACCAAUGAAUUCGCGACCGAAGAUUCAGGCUGCUUGUUUUGCAGCCCUGGGGUUCCUCUUCAUGGUGAUGAGCCUGACCUUCAUCUUUAUCGACUGGGCAAGUGGAGAAAGCCACAAUAGGGGUGGGCACUGACACACCGCCGCCGGCCAAGGACACAAAUGCCAAACACAACAGACAGCUUCCUUAUUCCAACCCGGCCCACCAUACACCCCUCCAGUCAAUGUAGAGAAUGACUAACUCCGAAUGCCGCCCACCAUCUGAUGUUCCCCCACUGCGAUGGGCUGUUUUAUCACGGCUCUGUUACCAAAGCAACACGACCACGAACGUCUCAUUAUAGAGACACGGUGGAGUUGCAGUCUUGUUGAGGUCACGAGUCCUCGGAAACAGUUCUACACGGAUGACCUGAACGCAUACUGGCUUGUUGGAACGUGGCUUUGAAGGACCACAAAAACAAUCAAUGGAGAAAUAUCCAAAGACUGAGCGCCAUCUGUGACAUCGCAAGUUUUGUGGCGCGAAAGGAAAUAAUCGAAUGUGAAAUAGCCCUGUAGUGCAAUCAAUUCAAAGGGUUUAUUUCCUAGAAGUGAUCCACUGUAAAUAUGCCCAGUUGGCUCAAUACCUUUCCAUUUUCCUACCUUCCCCAUUGCCAAUGUCCAUUUGUCAGUAGUAGUUUUUAUGUGAGGGAUAGGAAUUUCCUCGUUGGCUCUCAGAGCCCGAUAGGAAUUACCCUCAAAAUGUUCUGUCAGCUCAUAACGUUUUUUUUUUUUUUUUUUUUUGUUGAACUAGUUACACGGAUGAGUUGGUUGCUCGGUGUUUGUAACAUUGAGUGACCAGCUCAAGAAUUAGAGCCAAAGCAAUGGCCAAAUCUAGGCCAAUUUAUUGCCCUUCUGUUCACAUUAUUUGAGCUCUCAUAAAAUAAUUUUUUUUAUUUAUAA